UGUGCUCCCCACGCCUCCACCACUCAGUUGCUGCCCACUAGCCACAGGGCCGGGUGGUACCUCCUGCCUCUGGACUUGGAAGCCCCACCUCAUGACUAGUAGCCAUUCAUAGACUCAUCCUCCAUGACUACACGCGACCCCCUUUUAAAGCCCUGUGACUGUGAAUCCCAUCCAUAAAUGAGCCACCUGUGUGGAGGAAUGGCUUCUAGGACUGCUGACAGCGAGUUGUGACAGGGAUGGCUGAUUUGACCUCCUGCUCCUCCGGCCUGCAUUUCUCCUCCGUCUGAAGGGGAGCGGAGAGGAGCCCAGCCGCCAUCCCGAGGGCAGAGGGGACUCUUCCCUGUUGCGGCUUCUCAGAGCCAGCCAGGCACCCGCGAGCCGGGCAGAUGCACCUCCUCCUGCCCAGGUGCGCACACAGCCUUGAUAAUGCUUCUCAGUGCAAAACUCAUUCCGCUCACUGAUGGGGAAAAGUGAAGAGAGGGAACACUGGCCAUGCGGACUAGCCAUUGGGCAGGGGGAACUUGGAAGGGCGGGUCCAGCUCAAAGGUCCAUCUGUUCCGGGGGGGGGGGGGGAGGCUGGCGAUUCUGCAAGACGUGGCAGGAAAAGCCCCUCGCUCACUUCAGGCAAGAAAGCCUCCCCCGUGGCCUGUGCCCCCUCAGCUGGCCCGUAUCGCCAAAGCGAAGCCAUCCUGUCCCUUCCCACGCAGAGCAGCACAUGGCCUUGAAAUCCAAUCUGGUUUUCCUGCUCUGUGCAGAGGCCAGUCCGGUGUCACUUUCAGGGCUGCCUGCAUAUAACGGGUGCAUGGAGGCGGCAGGGAGCUGAGCACCAGGCUGCCCACCAUGGAGCUCGGAGGGGCCCUCGCCAUCUUCCUGGCCAUCUGCCUCUCCUGCUUGCUCCUCCUCUCUGCGUGGAGCAGGAUGCACAGAGGGGAGGGGAAGCUGCCUCCGGGGCCGACCCCCCUGCCCUUCCUCGGCAACUUGCUGCAAGUGGCCACCAGCGGGACCUUCAAGUCCUUCCUGGCGCUCAGGGACAAAUACGGCCCGGUCUUCACGGUGUACCUGGGUCCCCGGCGAGUUGUCGUGCUGUGUGGGCAUGAGGCGGUGAAGGAGGCCCUGGUGGAUCAGGCCGAGGAGUUCAGCGGAAGGGGGGAGCUGGCUUCCAUCGACCGGAACUUCAAUGGCUUUGGAGUUGCUCUGGCCAAUGGGGAGCGGUGGAAGCAACUUCGCCGCUUCUCUCUCACCACCCUGAGGAAUUUUGGGAUGGGGAAGCGGUCCAUCGAGGAACGGAUCCAGGAGGAGGCCCAAUACCUGCUGGAGGAAUUCAGGAAGACCAGAGGUUUGCCCUUCGACCCGACCUUCUUCCUGAGCCGCACCGUCUCCAACGUCAUCAGCUCCGUCGUCUUUGGCAGCCGCUUUGACUAUGAAGACAAGACCUUCCUCGCCUUGCUGCGCAUGAUGAACCAGAGCUUCAUUGAGAUGAGCACCCCCUGGGCGCAGCUCUACGACAUGUACUCCUGCAUCAUGCAGUACUUGCCGGGGAGACACAACCGCAUCUACCACAUCAUCGAGGAGCUGAAGGCCUUCAUUGCCGAGAAAGUCAAAGCCAACCAAGCCACGCUCGACCCCAACAACCCGCGGGACUUCAUUGAUUGCUUCCUCAUGCAGAUGGAGAAGGAAAAGCAAAACCCUUCCAGCGAAUUCAGCCCGAAGAAUCUGGUGCUCACCACCCUCAACCUGUUCUUUGCGGGGACGGAGACUGUCAGCUCCACCCUGAGAUACGGCUUCCUCUUCCUGAUGAAAUACCCAGAAGUGGAAGAAAAGGUCCACCAGGAGAUUGACCAUGUCAUUGGCCGAAACCGCAUCCCAGCCACCGAAGACAGGAUGAACAUGCCUUACACAGAUGCUGUCAUCCAUGAGAUCCAAAGGCUGACAGACAUCGUUCCCAUGGGAGUGCCACACACCGUGAUCCGGGACACUCAGUUCCGCGGGUACACCCUCCCCAAGGGCACAGACGUCUUCCCCUUACUGGGCUCCGUCCUCCGCGACCCCAAGCAUUUCAGCAACCCGGAGGGAUUCAACCCUGGGCACUUCCUGGACGAGAGAGGGCGCUUCAAGAAGAGCGAGGCGUUUGUCCCCUUUUCCUCAGGGAAGCGCGUCUGCCUGGGGGAGGCCAUGGCCCGCAUGGAGCUUUUCCUCUACUUCACCACUAUUCUGCAGAGCUUCUCGCUGAAGUCCCUUCUGCCCCCAGAGGACGUGGACAUCUCCCCCAAAGUGAGCGGCUUUGGCAACAUCCCUCCCACCUACGAGCUCUGCUUGGUCCCUCGCUGACCUUGGCUUCCACUAAAGGCAGCAGGAGGGAGAAGAGGCGCCUUGCGUCUCUCUGUUCCCGGCGCUGGUAUUGGCACAAUCCCUCCUGGAGGACUUCAGAAGAAACUCACGCCAGCGCAUGCUCACGAGUUGUUCUAAGCCAGCAAACCUUCGAGUGGCCUGAUGUCCCUUCACUGCGUCUGUCUGGCCCCUGAUGGAAAUGGACCCAGGCCGGCAACCCUGAUGCCUCUGUCCUGCCUGCAGAAGCCUAACCCCAUAGGAGGCACACAAGGAGGACCCAUGGCCACUCCACUGGGGUUGUGCCGAUAUCAGCCCAGGACGUCACUGCUUCUAGCCCCCUCGUCUCCUGCUUUUCAGUUGCCCCAGAGGGCCAUAUCAGACCUGCUGAGCUGCAGAGAACACCCCACAGGUUUGGGGUCACACAUGGCCAUUGGUUGUGAACCACCCAGAGAUGUGCAUUUGGAGAUGUAUGAAACAGACUAAACAAACAAAGACGUAAUCUGAGAGCUAGAUGCCAAUGUCCUCUCAGACAGGUCAAGACAGAAGGCAGAGAGGUUGGCAAGGGUUCCCAAUUCCCAAAAUUUUAACAACAGCAACAACAGAAUGCACCCCCCCUCCAAAUUAGGGUGUUAGAAUCCCUGUUACGGCUCAGAUGUGGGUCUCUGCUGGUUUAUCCAGCUCAUGGGAUGCGGAAGGGUAAUUUCUCAGCCACGAUUUUCUAUCUGGCUCUGGUUCAUGAGUCUUGGGAUUUUUGUCCAAAAGCAGCCCAUCCCGUAAGCCUGUUGUCCAUGCACACCUGCUCUGGGGGAUGCUGGGGGAUGUAUUUUGGAUCAAGCAAGCCAGAACUGGGCCUGGCCAGGCUUCUAAAUGGAAGCCAUCCGGGUGUCGAAAUGAUUGCAGCCCUCCCCCCCCAGCCCCCGCCUUUCCACUGGAAAGCCCCAGAAAUGUACAAAGGUCCACAAUUCCCGUCUUGACCAGAACUGGCCCCUUCUGUCCACUCAUGGAUCAUCCUCUCUGGAGACAUUCACGGCUCAGAGCAGCCAUUCCCACGCCCGAGGCUCGCAUGGCAGUUGCUUCCACCAGCCUUGUAAUGCCGAUGCAAGCAUUCAGGUGGCUCACUUGCAUGACAAAUGCCUGUCCUAUGCACGCUCUCUCCUGAGUGCACACUGACUAGACUGAAAUGAAAACUGCAUGGGAGAGUCUCCACGGCAAUGUCUGCUCUUUGACACCUGUGGCUGCUUUUAAAAAACAACUCAAGAUCAUUUUUAUCUGUUCAGGCUUUUACGCAUUAAGGUUACCAGGCCUCUCAGCUCUCCUGCUUCAGUUGUCUUUUCUUUUCUUUUUUAAUGGUUGUUGUUUCAUGGUUUUUACUGUUUAACUGAUUUUAAGAUUUUAAAUGUGAUUUUAUAUUUUAACUUUUGCAAACUGCCUUGGGAUGCCUUGUGAAAGGCAGCAUACCUGUAGAGAUUGAACAAUAAAGAAAUAAAUAAGG